GGAGGACACAUGAAAGAAAGAACCCCAAGAGGCUUUGUGUUCUGUGAAAAAGUAUUACUAUACAGUUGCUCCAAUGACAGAGUUACCCGCACCUUUGUCUUACUUCCAGAAUGCACAGAUGUCCGAGGACAACCACUCGAACAAUCCUGCACGUAGCCAGAAUGACACUAGAGACCAGAAUGAGCAGAGACAGCAGCAGAGGCAGAGACGCAGCAACCCCGAAUCUGUCUCUAAUGGACGACCCCAGGGUGGUACACAGCAGGUGUUGGAACAAGAAGACGAUGAUGAGGAAGAGCUGACAUUAAAAUAUGGCGCCAAGCAUGUGAUCAUGCUCUUUGUCCCUGUGACCCUUUGUAUGGUGGUUGUCGUGGCUACUAUCAAAUCUGUCAGCUUUUAUACCCGGAAGGACGGACAGCUAAUCUACACCCCAUUCACAGAGGACACGGAGACAGUGGGUCAGCGAGCCCUGAACUCAAUUCUGAAUGCUAUUAUCAUGAUCAGUGUCAUUGUUGUCAUGACUAUUCUCCUGGUGGUUCUAUAUAAAUACAGGUGCUACAAGGUCAUUCAUGGCUGGCUAAUUGUUUCAUCUUUGUUGUUGCUGUUCUUUUUCUCAUUUAUUUACUUGGGGGAAGUAUUUAAAACUUACAAUGUUGCCAUGGACUACAUUACGGUUGCGCUCCUGAUCUUCAAUUUUGGCGUGGUGGGGAUGAUCGCCAUUCACUGGAAAGGGCCACUGCGACUCCAGCAAGCGUAUCUCAUCAUGAUCAGUGCCCUCAUGGCCCUGGUAUUUAUCAAGUACCUCCCGGAGUGGACCGCGUGGCUCAUCUUGGCUGUGAUUUCCGUAUAUGAUUUAGUGGCUGUUUUGUGUCCAAAAGGCCCACUUCGUAUGCUGGUUGAAACAGCUCAAGAGAGGAAUGAAACUCUGUUUCCAGCCCUCAUUUACUCCUCAACAAUGAUGUGGUUGGUGAAUAUGGCCGAAGGAGACCCUGAAGCCCAAAGGAAGGUAUCAAAAAACUCCAAUCACAAUGCACAAAGCUCAGAAGGUGAGCCACAAGACCCUGUGACAGAGAGUGAUGAUGGUGGCUUCAGUGAGGAGUGGGAAGCCCAGAGAGACAGUCGCCUUGGGCCUCAGCGCAGCACACCUGAGACGCGAGCAGCUGCCCAGGAAAUAGCCAGCAGCAUCCUGACCAGCGAGGACCCAGAGGAAAGGGGAGUAAAACUUGGAUUAGGAGAUUUCAUUUUCUACAGUGUUUUGGUUGGUAAAGCUUCCGCAACAGCCAGUGGAGACUGGAACACCACCAUAGCCUGUUUCGUAGCCAUAUUAAUUGGUCUGUGCCUUACAUUGUUACUCCUGGCCAUUUUCAAGAAAGCAUUACCAGCUCUUCCCAUCUCUAUCACCUUUGGGCUUGUUUUCUACUUUGCCACAGAUUACCUUGUACAGCCCUUUAUGGACCAGUUAGCAUUCCAUCAGUUUUAUAUCUAGCAUAUUUGCCAUUAGAGUCCCAUGGAUUUUUCUCCUUUGAUUAUAAUAAAAUCUGGGGAAGACAAAGGUGGUUUUCCUGUGUCCACAUCAAACAGAGCUGAGAUUCCUGACUGGACUUUUACAGCUUCCUUUCAAGUCUUCCUGACCUUCUAUCCCAUGGGGCAAUAGAAGGUGUCUACAGAAAAUGGCUGUGAACAUUCAUCACGGUGAUGUCUUGGUGGAAUUGAGUCCCUUGGUGCAAAACUACCCAAUUUGAGGGACAAGGCCAAGGAAAAGUGAUGGGCCCAGAAGGUACUGUGCUCCUGCUGGCAGUGUGACCUUUGUGGUCGGUGGAUGUCACCACCACUGCAGCCUCUCAGGACUGUCAUUACCAGGAGGUUAGAUGAAGUGGUUUCACCCAAACAGGAUUCUUCAUCUCAAACUCCAUGGUGGAAAUCAACCUUAACAAAUCUGCAUGGGAUUCCGACCCUUUUCACGAGGGUACUGUAGGGCGAGGAAACAACAUCAGCAAAGUGGAAAGUUGGAGAAAAAGGGGUUCAAAUAUUCACUUGAGACUCUUUUUUUUUUUUUUUUUUUUUUUUUGGCUUAGUUUCUUUUUAAAUAAGACUUUUUUUU